AUGUCGGGAAAAAGGACAUUAGACGAGGUGUAUAACCAUCAUAAUCAACAGGAUCAGGCGCACUCGUUGCCUGUUGCAAGUCAACUGGCUAUUGCCGCGUCCGCGUCAUCUCAAUUUGAGCUUAGUGCUUCACAGGAGCAACUACUCAAGAAAGUGAAGAGACCAAAUGGCUCGGAGUCUCCUUCUGAGUUUGAGAAGGAGCUUCUUGGAAUGACACAGGCUGUGCAAUCCAUGAGUUCAGAAGAGGAUCAAUCGUGGUCAAGACCGCCUCUACCAGCUGACUUUGAUCCUACGGAACAGGAUAUUUCAUUUCAACAAUUGGAUGCUGAAGAGUAUAAUGACGGCGAUUCUACUUAUGCAAGGUUUUUUGGAAUCACGCAAGAAGGUUACUCGGUGCUAUGUAAUGUUACAGGUUUCAUUCAUUACUUUUAUUAUCCUGUGCCGAAAGGUUUCAACAAGAAUCUUAUUCCUCAAUUCACGAGCUACUUGAAGGCUAAUUACGAAGGCGUGGUGGAAGUCAAGAUUGAGUUUAGGGAAUCGAUUUGGGGUUUCAACAAUAAUACCAAAACGCCUUUUUUCCAAAUCUUUGUCAACAAUAACCGGAAUAUAACUAAAUUGCGAGGUGCGUUUGAGAGAGCCGAAAUCUCCUUUGAAGGGUUAUUUCCAUUGCAGCAAAGUGUUACUUAUGACAAUAUCAACUAUUUAUUGCGGUUGAUGAUUGACUGCCACAUAACGGGUAUGUCCUGGAUAACACUUCCCAAAACUAAAUACAGCAUGGUUGGUCUGAAGAUCUCGUCAUGUCAGAUUGAAUGCUCGAUUGACUAUAAGGAUUUGAUAUCUCAUCCAUCGGAGGGGAAAUGGUUGAAAAUGGCACCUUUAAGGAUUUUAUCCUUUGACAUUGAGUGUGCUGGAAGAAAAGGUAUAUUUCCCGAAGCAGAGCAGGAUCCAGUUAUUCAAAUUGCCAAUGUUGUUUCAAAAUUGGGUGAUGCGAAACCGUUUGUGAGGAAUGUGUUUACUGUCAACACUUGUGCUCCAAUUAUCGGUUCUCAAAUUUUUGAGCACCAAAAAGAAGAGGAUAUGUUGCUUCAUUGGAAAGAUUUCGUGAAUGAAGUGGAUCCCGAUGUUAUUAUUGGGUACAAUAUUGCCAAUUUUGACAUUCCUUAUUUACUUGAUAGAGCAAAGGCAUUGGGUUUGAAGAAAUUCCCGUAUUUUGGAAGGUUACAAUUUGUCAAGCAAGAAGUGAAGGAUGCAGUAUUUAGUUCUAGGGCAUAUGGAACUCGAGAAAACAAGGUUGCCAACAUUGAUGGGCGGAUGCAACUUGAUUUGCUUCAAUUUGUUCAGCGUGAAUACAAGUUGAGGUCAUACACACUUAACUCGGUUUCGGCGCACUUUUUAGGAGAACAAAAGGAAGAUGUUCAGCACUCUAUAAUUACUGACUUGCAAAACGGCACAAAGGAGACAAGAAGGCGGUUGGCUGUGUAUUGUUUGAAAGAUGCCUAUCUACCUUUGCGUCUUUUGGACAAACUAAUGUGUUUGGUUAAUUACACUGAAAUGGCGCGUGUUACGGGAGUUCCAUUCUCGUACUUGUUAUCGCGAGGUCAACAAAUUAAAGUUAUUUCGCAGUUGUUCCGGAAAUGUUUGCAAGAGCGUAUUGUUAUCCCCAACAUGAAAAGCGAAGGAUCCAAUGUAGAGUUUGAAGGUGCUACGGUUAUUGAACCCGAGAGAGGUUACUACGAUGUACCGAUUGCUACAUUGGAUUUUAGCUCGUUGUACCCUUCCAUUAUGAUGGCGCACAAUUUGUGCUAUACAACUUUAAUCAGUAAAAAUACUAUUGAAUCGUAUAAACUCACGGAGGAGGAUUACACUAAAACCCCAAAUGGAGAUUACUUUGUGAAACCAAACAAGAAGCAGGGAAUUCUUCCCACUAUCUUGAAUGAAUUGCUUACCGCAAGAAAGAAAGCCAAGACGGACCUCAAGAAUGAAACCGAUCCAUUCAAAAAGAAUGUCUUGAACGGUAGACAAUUGGCUUUGAAGAUAUCGGCCAACUCGGUUUAUGGUUUUACUGGUGCCACGAUUGGUAAGUUGCCCUGCUUGGCGAUAUCAUCAUCGGUGACUGCAUUUGGACGUGAAAUGAUUGAAAAAACCAAAAACGAGGUGCAGGAACACUACUCCAAAAAGAAUGGACACCCUUAUGACGCCAAGGUCAUCUAUGGUGACACUGAUUCGGUGAUGGUGAAGUUUGGUUACCAGGAUCUCGAGACUUGUAUGAAGCUAGGGGAAGAGGCUGCCAAUUAUGUCUCGCAAAAGUUUAAGAACCCCAUCAAGUUGGAGUUUGAGAAGGUCUAUUUUCCGUAUCUUUUGAUCAACAAAAAGAGGUAUGCUGGGCUUUAUUGGACUAACCCUAAGAAGUUUGAUAAGAUGGACACCAAAGGUAUCGAAACCGUGAGGCGAGACAAUUGUAGAUUAGUGCAGAAUGUUAUCACUAAAGUGUUGGAGUUCAUAUUGGAGGAGCGGGAUGUCGAGAAGGCGCAAAGGUUUGUUAAGCAAACUAUUGCUGAUUUGUUGCAGAACAGGGUCGAUCUUUCGCAGUUGGUGAUUACUAAAGCAUACUCCAAGCACGACUAUUCUGCGAAGCAAGCUCAUGUGGAACUAGCAGAGCGAAUGAGGAAAAGGGAUCCGGGAUCUGCUCCUACGUUAGGCGAUCGUGUGGCAUACGUGAUUGUCAAGUCAGGAGGUGAGAAAAACUAUGAAAAAUCAGAGGACCCGUUGUAUGUGUUGGAGAACUCGCUUCCCAUUGAUGUCAAAUAUUACUUGGACCAGCAGAUGACCAAGCCUUUGGAAAGAAUCUUUAUACCAAUCUUGGGAGAGUCCAAAACAAAAGAGCUUCUUGCGGGUGCUCACACAAGAACGAUCAAAAUGUCAGCACCGAAAACGGGGGGUCUUAUGAGGUUUGCGAAGAAAUCCGAGGUUUGUGUUAGCUGUAAGACACCAUUGAGCUCGACGAAUCGUGGAGCAUUGUGUCCUAACUGUAUCAAAGAUGGUAAAGGACAGGCACUCUAUACGAACGCAUUGUCGCAAAUGAAUUUCUUGGAAAACAAGUUUUCGAGAUUGUGGACUGAAUGUCAACGAUGCCAAGGCUCCUUGCAUCAGGAAGUGCUUUGCUCCAACAAGGAUUGUCCCAUUUUUUAUAUGAGAAAAAAGGUUCAAAAAGACGUUCACCAACAAGCGUUGGAGAUGGUUAAAUGGGACGAGACACAAUGGUGA